AUGCUGGUGGCCAUUGUGGGCCUGGCGUGUGCAGGCAAGACGGCCGUAGCCGAGUACCUCGAAACGCAGCAUGGAUUCCAGCGCAUUACACUGAGCGGCGAAGACGGUCCGACAGACUUUGCCUCGCCUGACGCCAUGCUGCACCAUGUCACGGCGCACUGGCGCACCCGGUUUGUCACCCUCGAUCUCGACACGGCGCCCCUGAUCGACCUAUUUGAGAAGCGGCCGUUCUUCCUGCUGAUCGGCGUCGAGGCGCCGCUCAUGCAGCGGUGGCAUCGUGCGUGCAUGCGCGCGCACGUCGGCGGACAGGCGCCCAUGUCGCUCGAGUCGUUCGUCUCGUACGACGAUGCCAUCCUGUACGGCGUGCCGCCCGAGACGGACGACGCAGACACGAGCGUGUCGACCGACAUCGCCAACAUGUCGCUCAUGAGUCACAGCGGCGCGACCGUAUCGGCGUCGCUCCCAUCCGCCGGCCACACGCUCACCGGCCUCCUCCAGCGCUGCCACUUGCGCAUCGCCAAUACCUUUGCGCACGUCGACGAUCUGCAUGCACACCUGCACACACUCGCCCUGCCCUCGCUGCACCGACUGCGCCCCACUUGGGACACGUACUUCGUGCGCCUGUGCACACUCGCGGCCAUGCGCUCCAACUGCAUGAAGCGCCGCGUCGGCGCCGUGAUUGUGCGGCAGCACCGCGUGCUAUCGACCGGCUACAACGGCACACCCAGCGGCCUGCUCAACUGCAACGAGGGCGGCUGCGCUCGCUGCAACGAGAGCGCGCCGUGCGGCAGCAGCCUCGACGAGUGCCUGUGCCUCCAUGCCGAGGAAAACGCCCUGCUGGAGCUGGGCCGCGACCGCGGCGGCGCCCAGGGCACGGUGCUCUACUGCAACACAUGUCCCUGCCUCCGGUGCGCCGUCAAGAUCGUGCAGACAGGCGUCAUGGAAGUCGUCUAUCAACUCGAGUACAGUAUGGACGAUCGCAGCGCCCGCAUCUUCCAGCAGGCCGGCGUGGCCGUCCGGAAAUACAUCCCACCAUUCUAG